ACUCAAAGCGCACCACCCAGUGCAGAUGAACCAGUAAACGCUGUGGCUGCAACCGGCCUCCCUCCACCUUUUAUCAACCAUCACCGUCAUCAUAAUGCUUUUGAUACUGUUUGAUUUUCAGGAACGCGUUUCUGGAUUCAUUGGGUUUCCUGUGCGCAGACUUCCAUAAAGCAGCCAUGGAAGAACAGCGCAGAGGCGCAUCUCGCUCCGACAAGGAUUUCACAUUUAUUAGUCCGGUUGUGAAAUACCUGCUGUUCUUGUUCAAUUUUAUUUUCUGGGUAGUCUCCCUGGUAAUGGUGGCAAUCGGUGUUUAUGCCCGAGUGAUAAAGCAUGCAGAGACAACCCUGGCAAGUCUGUCAUUGGAUCCCGCCGUGAUGCUUAUAGUUGUUGGAAUCCUGAUGUUCAUAAUUACCUUCUGUGGCUGUGUGGGCUCUCUGCGUGAAAACACAUGCCUCCUGCAGACAUUCUGCAUCUCUCUGAUAGUGAUCUUUAUAAUCCAGUUGGCUGCUGGUAUUCUGGCCUUCAUCUUUUCAGACAAGGCAAGACACAAAGUAACAGAAAUAAUCAAUAAUGCCAUAGUUCACUACCGAGAUGAUGUGGAUCUGCAAAACCUUAUAGAUUACGGCCAGAAAGAGUUUAGGUGCUGUGGCGGAACAACAUACACUGACUGGUCCAAGAACGUUUACUUUAAUUGCAGCCCAUCUAACCCAAGCAAAGAGCGCUGCUCUGUCCCCUAUUCCUGUUGCAUCCCCUCCCAAAAAAAGGAGGUACCCAACACCCAGUGUGGUCUGGGGAUGCAAGAAAAGGAGUUCCCAACUGAAAACAAAUUUUACACCGAUGGCUGUAUAGACAAGAUGGUUGACUGGAUUCACAGUAACCUGUUCAUACUGGGUGGCAUUGCACUGGGACUGGCGAUCCCGCAGCUAGUGGGCAUGCUUUUGUCUCAGAUUCUGAUAAAUCAGAUCAAAGACCAGAUUGAACUACAAAACUACAACCUCAGGCAUAGAUCUGACCCAUGGAGCUGAUCCUGGACCAGAUUUUCGUAAGGACUCAACUGAUUAGUCAUUACUAAAGAGCUUGAGCUUCAAAAUGUGUUACUUUGCCGCCACCUUCUGGAACGUAAAGGAGCCUACAUUUGCCACAGUGGGUCUACUUUUUGAUGAAAAUAGAAAACAAAAAAAUGUUAUUUAAAUUUGGAGCAUAUUUGAUUAAAACUCAGAAAUCACACUUA